CUCACCAGAUGCAGCUCAAACUCAAUCUCCAGCUCUAGCUGUACGAGCUACAGGGAAGGGGCUGUAAUAUCUUCCCUGACUGGCUACAGUUCCAUCUUCAGUUCCAUCUCCAGCGCUAGCUCCAGCUCUAGCCCUAGCUCCAUCUCCAGCUCCCUAUCCAGAUCUAGCUAUAGCUCCAUGCUCCAUCUUCAGCUCCAUCUUCAGCUCCAUCUCUCGAGCUCUAGCACCAUCUCCAGCUCAAUCUUCCCUCUCCCUCUCCAUAUCCAGUUCCCUCUCCAUAUCCAGUUCCCUCUCCCUCUCCCGCUCCAUAUCCAGUUCCCUCCAGCUCUAGCUUUCACUCCAUCUCUAGCUCCAGCUCCAUCCCCAGCUCCAUUUCUAGCUCCCCCUCCAGCUAGCUCUACUCCAUCUUUAGCUCAGUCUCCAGCUCUAGCUCCAUCUCCAUCUAAAGCUCUAGUUCUACCUCCAGCUCCAGCUCCAGCUCCAGCUCCAACACUGGCUCCAGCUCUACCUACAGCUCAAUCUCCAGAUCCAUCUUUAGCUCCAUCUCCAACACAAUUUCCAGCUCUAGCUCCAGCUCCAUCGCCAGCUUCAUCUUCAGCUCCAGCUCCCUCCAGCUCCAGCUCCAGUUCCAUCUUCAGGUUCACCUCCAUCUGCAGCUCUAGCUCCAUCUGCAGUUCCAGCUCCGUCUCCAACUCUAGCUCCAUCUCAAUCUUCUGUCCUAGCUACAUCUCCAUCUCCAGCUUUAGCUCCAGCUCCAUCUCCAGCUCCAACUCCAGCUCUAGCCCCAGCUCCAUCUCCAAAUCAAGCUCCAGUUCUAGUUCUAGCCCAAGGUUCAACCCCAGCUCCAGCUCCGGUUCCAUCUCCAGCUCCAUCUUCUGCUCUAGAUCUUGCUCUGUCCCCAGCUACAUAUUCAGCACUAUCUCCAGUACUAGCUCUAUCUCCAUCUUCAUCUAAAGCUUGAGUUCUAUCUCCAUCUUCAGCACUAGUUAAAAUCUCCAUCUCCAGCUCCAUCUCCAGCUCCAUCUCCAGCUCCAGCUUUCACUCCAUCUCCAGCUCCAGCUCAUUCUAAAGCUCAAUCUCCAGCUCUAGCUCUACAUCCAGCUCCACCUACAGCUCCAUAUCCAUCUCUAGCUCCAUCUUUAGCUGCAUCUCCAGCUCCAUCUGCAGCUCUAGUCCUAGCUCUAUCUACAGCUCCAGCUCCAUCACCAGAUGCAGCUCAAGCUCCAUCUUCAGCUCAAUCACCAGCUCUAACUCUACGAGCUGUACUAACUACAGCACCAUCUCCAGUUCCAUCUCCAGCUUCAUUUCCAGCUCUAGCGCCAGCUCGAGCUCCAUGUCCACCUCUAUCUCUAGCUCCAUCUCAUAGAAACAUAGCAAAUAGGUGCAGGAGAAGGCCAUUCGGCCCUUCGAGCCAGCAAUUCAUUGUGAUCAUGGCUGAUCGUCCUCUAUUAAUAACCCGUGCCUGCCUUCUCCACAUAUCCCUUGAUUCCACUAGCCCCUAGAGCUCUAUCUAACUCUCUCUUAAAUCCAUCCAGUGAUUUGGCCUCCACUGCACUCAGUGGCAGGGCAUUCCACAAAUUCACAACACUCUGGGUGAAAAAGUUUUUUCUCACCUCAGUCUUAUAUGGUCGCCCCAUUAUUCUAAGACUGUGGUUCUGGAUCUGUGGUCUCCAGGCCC